AAACCUUUGACCAGUCGUACACUGCUCAUUCACCUUCAGGCUUCAGCAUCCAACAAUGGCGUUUCUGACACCUACGUUGAUAUCCAAAAUCCCCUUGUUUUUUCCAAAAAUUCCGAUCGAAUCCCAUCAACGCCCACAGUCCGUUGCCUUUGGACAACGAAUUCCAGAAUUUCAGAGAAGGGUUCUUUUCAAUACGGCCAUUAAGGCAUCGACACCAACCGCGCCCACUGGUUCAUCUUCUCCGGGGCUCUACUCUGCCCAGAAAUUCGAGCUCACUUGUCAAAACGUGGACCUUGUUCUCGAGGAUGUUAGGCCUUAUCUGAUUGCCGAUGGUGGAAACGUCGAUGUUGUGUCUGUUGAAGAUGGCAUCGUCUCUCUCAAACUCCAAGGAGCAUGUGGGAGCUGUCCCAGCUCAACAACCACCAUGAAGAUGGGGAUUGAACGAGUACUGAGGGAAAAGUUUGGUGAUGAACUCAAGGAUAUUCAGCAAGUAUAUGAUGAAGAAGUGAGCGAGACAACAGUUGAGGCAGUGAAUGGUCAUCUUGAUAUACUGCGACCAGCCAUCAAGAACUUUGGUGGGAGUGUUGAAGUGUUAUCUGUCGAGGCUGGGGAGUGCCGCGUAAAAUAUGAAGGCCCUGAAUCCAUUGGAUCUGGAGUUAAAGCAGCUAUCAAGGAGAAGUUCCCAGACAUAGUAAAUGUUGUUUUUACUGCCUAAAUUUUUCUGGGGAAUAAAUUAUGAAGUAUGAGGACCCGAAGUCCAUUGAAUCAGGAAUCAGGGAGCUGCCCCAUGCUAUAGAUGCUAUCUUUCGCUGUCUGGGUCACUUUACAAAGUAGUGUAGCAGAAGUAAAUAGUUAGUGAUAUGAUAAAUAGCUUUACAAGCAUGGAAGAUGAUUUUUUACAUGCAGUUGAGUAAUGUACCUAUAAGAAUAUUUAUGAUCGACUAAAUAAUGUAUUAAUGUACAAUGAUCAUGCAAUGGAUUGCACUUGUGUUCUUCUGGUAA